CGGCACUGCAGCAGCAGCAGCAGCAGCAUCGGCACCGGUUCCAGGGGCAGAGCCUCCCACGGAAUGGUACAUGGAGGAUUCAGCCGGACUCAGCUCUGGAGCCCAGCGCAAGCCCCACGGCAUCAGUCCCAGUGAAAAGAGGAAAAGAGGAUGGCAAAGGCCUACAAGAAGAGACAUUGUGAAUUGAAAUUCAGUUGAUUUGCUUAUGCCAAAGAAAACUCAUAGCAGAGAAAACUGGUUGUACCCAGGGAGAAAACAAAAUGUCGAAGAAAAACCGAUCCAGAGGAGAGAAGUGCGAUAUUGAGAUGGAGGCCUUCCAGGCUGCUAAUGAGGAAUUGCGGGCGAAGCUGACACAAAUUCAAAUAGAAUAUCAGCAAGAAAAAAACAAGGUUGGUAAACUUCGAGAAAAAAUUCAGGAUGUCCGACUGGAAAGGGAGCAAGAGCAGCACCGGCAUACGGCGUACAUUUCUGAACUAAAAGCCAAGCUCCAUGAGGAGAAGAUGAAGGAAGUCCAGUCUGUCCGUGAGUCCCUAAUAAGGCAGCAUGAACAAGAUGUAGCACGUGUUGUUAAAAUUAAGGAUAGUGAAGUCCAGCGUUUACAGUGCACUCUGAAUGUGCUACGGGACGGUGCUGCAGAUAAGGUGAAGACAGCUCUUCUAAAUGAGGCCAGAGAAGAAGCGAGGAAAGCCUUUGAUAAUGAGCGAACUAAGUUACAACAGGAGAUCCUGGCGUUAAAGACUGAGAAGAAACAAAUAGAGGAGAGUCUGAACAAUGUCAUGCAAGCGGACAAGAUGAAGGCCACCGACCUGCGUAUAGCUUACCAGACUCACCAAGAAGAGAUUGCUAGAAUAAAGCGGGAAUCUGAAAAGGAUAUCCGUAGGCUGAUGGAGGAAAUAAAAGCCAAAGAGAGAGUGAUCCUGGCUCUAGAGAAGGAGGUGGGGGUGCAGGCGGGCCACACACAGAAGUUGCUCUUGCAGAAGGAGGCCCUGGAUGAACAGCUGGUCCAGGCUAAAGAGGCUGAGCGCUACCACAGCAGCCCAAAGAAAGAGCUGCCUCCGGGUGUUUGCGACAUCUCUGAGCUCCUUGGAAAUGGGGAGCCACAUGUCGAUGACCGAGACCUUAGAAGAUUUCAGCUAAAAAUUGCAGAGCUUCAUGCUGUAAUAAGAAAGCUGGAGGACCGCAAUACUCUUCUGUCUGAUGAGAGGAAUGAGCUGCUAAAGCGUGUCCGAGAAACAGAGAGCCAGCUAAAGCCUCUCGUGGAGAAGAAUAAAAGAAUGUCCAAAAAGAAUGAGGACACACUACAAACAAUACAGAGGAUGGAAGAGAAGAUCAAAUCUCUGUCCCGGGAGAAUGCAGAGAUGAAAGAGAAGACAUCGGCCCAGAUCUCGCUGAAGCGCCAUGCCUCACUGGAUGAUCUGAGCACUGCGCAAGAACAAGAAAUCGAAUUCCUCCGCUUACAAGUGAUGGAGCAGCAGCAAGUUAUUGAUGACAUUACAGUGGAGAAAGAGCGAAUGUUGCGUUGCAAAAGGCCGAAGAGAAAGAGCUUGAAGCCUCCAAGGAGGCAUGUUGUGGAGACAUUUUUUGGAUUUGACGAGGAAUCUGUGGAUUCUGAAACCUCCUCCAUCACCUCAUACACAACCGAUAAAACGGACAGGACACCAGCAACACCCGAAGAGGAUAUAGAGGAUAACACACCUAAAGAAGAGUCUGAUUUAAGGUUCCGCCAGCUGACACGAGAGUACCAAGCUUUACAGAGGGCGUACGCACUUCUUCAGGAGCAAGUAGGGGGAACAUUGGAUGCGGAAAGAGAAGCAAGGACUCGUGAGCAGCUGCAAACAGAUUUAUUACGGUACCAAGCAAAAAUUGAAGACUUAGAAAAUUCUUUGUCCGAGAGAGGCCAGGACUCAAGAUGGGUGGAAGAAAAACAGCAACUUCUAAAGUCGAACCAGAAUUUGUUAGAGAAGCUCUUCAGAUUUGAACUGGAAGAAAAACAGCUGAAAAAUGAAAUCCAGGAUGCAAGGGACCAGAAUGAGCUCUUAGAAUUCAGAGUUCUAGAACUGGAAGAGAGAGAACGAAGGUCUCCAGCUUUUAACCUCCAUAUAGCCAACUUCCCAGAAAACAAUGGAAGUGCUCUGCAGCUCUUCUGUCAGCAGGAAGGAAUUAAGGACGUGGAUAUCUCCGAACUUAUGAAGAAGCUUGAUAUCCUUGGAGAUAAUGGGAACCUGAGGAAUGAAGAACAGGUUGCGGUCAUACAAGCAGGGACAGUGCUGUCUCUCUGUGAGAAGUGGCUAAAGCAGAUUGAAGUCACAGAAGCCGCCCUCACGCAGAAAAUGAUUGACCUGGAGAAUGAGAAGGAACUGUUCAGCAAACAGAAAGGCUAUUUGGAAGAAGAACUGGACUACCGGAAGCAGGCACUUGAUCAGGCACAUAUGAAAAUCCAGGAAUUAGAAGCCACUUUAUAUAACGCUUUGCAGCAGGAGCCAGGGCGGAGAGUCAGCGAAUGCCUAAAUGAGAACCAGAGGGAAGACUUGCGGGCGGCGGUGGAGAAGCUGCGACGGCAGAUCCUGAGACAAAGCCGGGAGUUUGACAGCCAGAUCCUACAUGAGCGUAUGGAGCUUUUACAGCAGGCGCAACAGAGAAUCCGGGAACUUGAAGACAAAAUAGACUUUCAAAAAAGGCAACUUAAAGAGCUAGAAGAAAAGCAUUCAUUCUGUGGCCUUGACGAUCAAUUCCAGCAGAGAUACAUGGGUUUGAAAAGAGCACACGGGAUGCACACCUGACCCUUCUGCAACUGCCAAAAUGGGACACACCAUUUAUUUUUAAUUACAGGACUGGUCCAAAGCGCCAGAGGAUUUAAUAUUAUGAGUUUUGUAACGAUUUUGCUUUUCAAUGGACACUUGUUGUACAGAAACAAUCCUGCUAUGAGAGACUUGAAUAUAUCUAUGAAAAUAUAAAAAAAAAUAAAAAAAAUCAUAGGUUUAA